UACACAGCCUGCGUACGGCGUACCUCUUCGCCCCCUUCUCCCGCAUCCGACAGAAACGAGGAGGCGACGAAGGUCGCACGAAGCAGAGCUCGCCGGCGGCGCAGGCUGCAAAUGAAUCAGGCUGAGGUCUCUGAUUUGGAUCCAUCCCGGGAAACAAUCAAAUUUGAAGUGUCAAUGGAAACUCCAGCCAUGCACAGUGUUUUCAGCAAUUCCAAUGCUUGCUUAGAUGGAUAUCACCAUACAGGGAUCAUGGCAGGAAGUCAGUCUGUGGAGGAAGUUAGAUUUGGCAUUAUGCAACACCUUGAGGGAAGGGUUUCUGACUCUGAUGAAGAAAGCCUGUCAACCAGCCCUGAAACUUCUGAUUACGGUUAUAUGGAACAAAAUAUGGAAAAUAUUUACAGUACUUUGGGUGAAAUGGAUGACAAAGAAGGCCCGGUUAUGCUUAUUCCCGAUUUCGUGUUGUGUGACACAACCUUGCAUCUUCAGCCUCACCUAACUUUUUCAUCGGACGGGUUCAAGAUUGAACAUUUUGAUUGCGAUUCACAUGAAGAUGAGAUGAUGUCUCUAUAUUGGGAUGUUUGUGACAUCAUUUGCAUUAAUAGUAAAUGGACUCAGAGUGUUAAAUCUGCCUCCAUUGUUGUCACUGUUAGAUCCAGCGCAGAAACCAAAAGUCCAGGUCCUAUUAGAGUGGAAUUUUGUCUUGCAGAUCCACAAUGGCCACAAAAACAAGAGAAGAUUUGUUGUCUUGCAUCAAGAUACCAUGAAAUCUGGAACACCACUCCGCCAGAGGAUAUUGCGUUGGAGAAUCGGAGCAUCGACAUCAGUUUACAUUUCCCCAAGCAAUACUUUUCCGGCACUGAGGACUUUGAAGAGGUUAUCUAUCCCAAAGGAGAUCGGGAUGCUGUUUCUAUUAGCGGCAGAGAUGUUGAUUUGCUUCUACCUGAGACAUUUGUCAACGAUACAAUAAUUGACUUUUAUAUUAAAUACUUAAGCGCAAGAAUAAAAACCACAGAAAGGUCCAAGUACCACUUCUUUAAUAGCUUCUUUUUUCGCAAGCUGGCAGAUCUUGACAAAGAUCAAGGAAGAGCUCCAGAAGGUAGAUCAGCUUUUUUACGUGUCCGCAAGUGGACCCGAAAAAUAAACAUAUUUGCUAAGGAUUUCCUUUUCAUUCCAGUGAAUUUCAGCUUGCAUUGGAGUUUAAUUGUUAUCUGUCAUCCUGGAGAAGUAGUGACAUCUGAAGAUGAUGAAGCAGAAAAGCAUGGUAAAGUUCCAUGCAUAUUACAUAUGGAUUCUCUUAAAGGAAGUCAUAGUGGACUGAAGGACAUCAUUCAAAGUUAUCUAUGGGAAGAGUGGAAGGAAAGGCACCCCGAAUCAGGAUUAGAUAUUUCAGACAAAUUCUUAAACCUGAGAUUUGUCUCCCUUGAGCUUCCCCAGCAAGAUAAUUCAUUUGAUUGUGGCUUGUUCCUACUCCAUUAUGUGGAACUCUUUCUGAUGGAUGCUCCCAGCAGCUUCAACCCCUUGAAGAUUGAUGUAUUCUCAACCUUUCUCAGUGAUGAUUGGUUUGCACCCGCUGAAGCUUCUCUGAAGCGUUCAGUGAUCAGGAAGCUAAUCCAUAAGAUAGUGACAGAACCUUCUCAUAAUUUUCCGGAACUAACCUGUGCUGCAGACCAGUGUGAUGAAAGGCAUCAAAGAAGUGAAAAUGCUGAGCAGGAAGCAGCUAUAGAGUUCCUUGCUCAGGCUGGUGAAUCUGAUUCAGUUUGCCAAAUUCCUGGAGCACAGCAAGAAUCCACAUCCAUCUGCAUUAAUAGUCCUGGAAAGGGCCUACCUGUUUCUGGAUUUGGUUUAGAGACUGCAGAUGAUACAAUGUUUUCUGUACAAAAUAUGCAGAUUUGUCCACCGGACAAUGAUACUGAGGUCUGCUUGCCAAGCCAGGGUGUGAAAAACGAUCCAACUCUUUCAGAAUCUGAUAAUCAAUGUGGCCUGAGAUCAUGUGUGGUAAAAGAUAGGGACACUUGCGAGGAAUCUGUGCUGGAUUAUUUGCAUAAUAACCAGGAAAUUUCCAGCCAAACAGAAGCUAUGGUGCAUGAUGCUAUGGAUUCCAAGUUUUGCUCAUUCUCUGACAAUCCUGAUGUAAUGGCCUGCGAACAAAAUAGUUUAGAGACAAGCACAAAUGAAGUUGUGGAUGUCUCCGAAGAUAUGCAUUCUGUUAUGAUGUCUGCUGCCACCAGCAAAGAUGAUAUUGCAAAUGAUCCAGCAAGCACUAAUGGCGAAGCUGAAAACGGCAAGUGUGAUCUUCCUGAUGUUGGCAUUGCAAUUGGUGAUAUAAAUGGAAAUGCGUCUGGGUGUUCUUUAGAAAUAAGCGUUGUUAAAGUUGAGGAGGCUAUAGGUGACAUUUCUGAUGACACAGGUUCAGUCGUCAUAGGUUUGGUCAACAAAGAUGUACCUGAGCACUCCUUGGCAACGAAUGCUGUCGAAUCUGAGGACAUGGAACCUGAAGAUACUCAUGGGGAUGUCAAUGUGGAAGAUGAUAUCCAAAUUAACACGAAUGAAACUUGCACAGCUGUGGAUGAGAUCAAGGGAAACACUGACAAAUGUAUGACCAUUGAUGAGGCUGUUUCCUGUGAGUCGAUAGAGGGAAAGACUAACAACAUCCUGGCAGGUGACAGUGACAGUGGGAGGGACGAAGCUCAUCCAGACAGUGCGGGUUUGCAUGGGACAGUUACUUGUGAAGAAGUCACGACUCGUGCUGAUGCUGAGAUGGCAUCCUUAGAGAGCACCUCCUGUGCAGAGAACGAAGCAGUUAGGGAGGACAAAGAUGGUGACGCUAAAAGACCACUUCCUGACAGCACCUCGGAAGUUGAGAACAUUCAGGUUUCUGAAGAUAAGUGUUCAGAGGAAGAUGCCCCAUGUACCGAAGAAAAAGAAGAGAGGUGCCGCAAGCGUCGCAAGGUUGUGACAUCGGUACCAGCAGAGAAGCGACUAACGAGGAGCUCCUCAAGGACGCCGUCUUUAGAUUAGAAAAUCCGGCUGGUGUAGGCCCUAGCUUGUGUUAUAUUUGACGAUGACUUGUCUGUAGGUGGCUUGUGUUUACAUGGAAAAGUUUUGACACGCAUAUUCAGCUCUGCCUGCCUGACCCAGUUCUGUUCCGUGAUGCCUGACUUUGUUGUGAAAAGUUCGUGUAGGGCUCUCUAUCAA